CGUACAACCACAUCCCGACGGCCCGAACGAGCAUGGCACUGGAGGAAGCCGUCGACCAAGCCUUGGCGCUCUGGAAGAAGGCGACGGCGCCGGCGAAAGGAAGCCGCGCAGGCGCGCCGUCGCAGCCGCUGCGGCAGGACGAGCCCGGUGUCGCCAAGUGCCGGCCAAACAACUGGGCCGACUUCCAGCACCGCGUCGCGUCCUUCUCGACGCUGCAUUGGUUUGCCAAGCCAUUAGAGCUCGACUUGCUCGUGUGCGCCCAGCACGGCUGGGUCAACGACGGUCCCGACGUCUUGCAGUGCGAGUGCUGCCAUGCGCGCUUAAAUUGCCGCAUCGACGAGCGGCUGAGCCCCGAGGGCGCGCACAAGGUUGCGCUGGGCCUGCACGAGCGCUUGACGUCGUUUCACUUGAGCACGUGUCCGUGGCGGGGCAACCCAUCGCCCGCGUCGUUUUGCCACCUGCAUUUCUGGAGCGCCGACGAAGCGCUCGAGAGCGUACGCAAAGCCAUUGCUACCAUGUGCACCGAACUGCGAGCAGUGUCGCAUCUCGGGCCCGUCGACGUCGAUGCCGCCUUCCUCGACCUGCUCCGCACCCGCGCCAACGUGUCGGAGGCCGACUGGCCCGCCUACUGCAAGGGCGUCGUCUCGGGCGUGCUGGACGACGAUGCGGCGGACGUGCCAGCUCUGGAGGCCACGAUCCUCGUCGGUCUCGCUGCCAGCGGUUGGAGUCUUCGCAGCCAUGAGGCUGCGCUGCUCGCACACUGCACGUUUUGCAAUCGGUCGGCGAUCUUUUGCUCGACGCUCGACGACGCCUCGACCGAGCCCGCGUCCAAGCGCCACAAAGCGUUGGCCUUCCAUCCGCUUGAAGCCCACCGAUGGUACUGCCCGUGGCAGCGCCAGAUGCGCGAGGUGCCAGGGUGGAUGCAGUGCGCCGACGCCUUGCGAGACCCGACCACGCCCUCGGCACGGACGUCGGCGCCGACGUUGACACAGCCGGCUGACGUGCUCGCGGCCGUGCAUGCCAUCCUCGACUUUUAAUGCUGUCGAAUAGAUAAGUGGGUUAUGAGACUGCGUUGGACGGAC